CGCGCGUUCCUCCUCCUCUGCAGCGGCGGCGGCUCCGCUGGGCUUCCUGCUCCGUCGCCGGCGGGCGGGCCGGGGGCAGCCUGCGCGGCCGCUGAGGGGGGAAGGCUGCGCGACGUGCCCGUACGGCCCAGGUGGCUGUUUUUUAAUGCAGUAGCAUCAUUAGCUGGCUGAAGACUAAACAUGAGAAUAGCAGGUGCUGCCAAGUUGGUAGUAGUCGUGGCGAUAUUUUUAUUGACGUUUUAUGUCAUAUCUCAAGUGUUUGAAAUAAAAAUGGAUGCAAACUUAGGACACAUAUUUGCUAGGUCAGCACUGGAUGCAGCUGCACACUCUACAAAACCUCCAAGGUACAAAUGUGGGAUCUCUAAAGCUUGUCCUGAAAAGCAUUUUGCAUUCAAAAUGGCAAGUGGAGCAGCAAAUGUAGUUGGACCUAAAAUUUGUGUAGAAGAUAAUGUUUUAAUGAGUGGAGUUAAAAAUAAUGUUGGCAGAGGAAUAAACGUGGCCUUGGUCAAUGGUAAAACAGGAGAACCAUUAGAUACUAAAUUCUUUGACAUGUGGGGAGGAGAUGUGGCACCAUUUAUUGACUUUCUGAAGUCCAUCCAGGAUGGAACGAUAGUGUUGAUGGGAACAUAUGAUGAUGGUGCAACCAAGCUUAAUGAGGAAGCACGGAAACUGAUUGCUGAAUUAGGAAGCACAUCCAUUACUAACCUUGGCUUCAGAGACAACUGGGUCUUCUGCGGUGGAAAAGGAAUUAAGACGAAAAGUCCAUUUGAACAGCACAUAAAGAACAACAAGGACACAAACAAGUAUGAAGGCUGGCCAGAAGUUGUUGAGAUGGAAGGCUGUAUCCCUCAGAAGCAAGACUAAAUGAAAAGGAAAGAAGAAAGAAUAUGGAAGAAAAUGCACUUUCUGCUAUUAUUAAGGAGAGGGCUAUGAAGGAGACUGUACUGUAAAUAAUAUUUUUAAAGCAUGCAGCCAUCUUGUCGGUGUGUGCAUGAGCACUGACAUUUUGAAUAUUGGGAUUAUUUAUUGCUAACACACAUAGAAGUUGUUUUUGUAAAUAUGUCCGAAAUAAAAGAAACAUCAAAUCAUUUCUAUGCAGGUUUCUUAAAAGCACAGUAGUUUGCCUGUGGUAAGUAACAUCUUGUAGCUCAACUGGCUAAUAAAUUGCAUAUGCGGAUAAUAUACAGGUCCUUACAAAUGUUGUACUGUCCUCUUAACAGCGUAAUGUUGCUGUAUGUAACCUUUGUGGAAUAUUAUAGAUUUUAGUGAUAAGUUAAUAAAGAGCUUUAAUUUUUUUUAAUCUUCUGCCUUUUUAAUGGCAGCAUCACUUUUUAUUAAAGCUAUUUGGUUACUCUAA